CAGUCAGCCUGCCCAGACUGUCACACACAUUCCAGGGUUCACAUUCAUAAACACAGUCUGGACUUGGUGCCAGCACCUCCCACCUGCAAGAGAGCAGCUGUUCCCAAAGGCACGGGGUACCCCCAGCUGUCUAUUUUUCACCAGGACUGCUGCCCAUCAUCUCCAAGAAUAAACACCAGCUAGGAGCUGCGUGGAUCUGAAUCAUGUGGGAGCUUCCAAAGGAGGGGAGUGACUGCCCAGGACACAUAAGCAGACCAGCUAUAUAAGUUCCAGAAGGUUGGACUUCACACAGAUCUCUUCCUGUGGCUACUCCCCGCCAGAGACUUACCUACAGAGAACUUACUUGGCAUCUACCAUGUCUGAGGUUGGCACUGCUGAAGCCCCCAUCAAGAAGAAGCGUCCCCCUGUGAAGGAAGAAGACCUGAAGGGGGCCCGCGGGAACCUGGCCAAGAACCAGGAGAUCAAGUCUAAGACAUACCAGGUCAUGCGGGACUGUGAGCAAGCUGGCUCAGCUGCCCCGUCGGUAUUCAGCCGCAACCGCACAGGCACCGAGACAGUCUUUGAGAAGCCCAAAGAGGGACCUGCCAAGAGCGUCUUUGGCUGAGAAGUUCACACUGCACCACUCCAAACACCUGGACACAGGAGCCUUUCCCACGAGCUGUCUAUCUAUCUGUCUGUCUAUCUAUCUAUCUAUCUAUCUAUCUAUCUAUCUAUCUAUCUAUCUAUCUUUUUUAUAAUGCUGGAAGAUGCCUUUUUCCUGCUGUCUCCAGAACCACCAUGACUCCCACAGCCAUGGCCCUUCUUUCCCAGCACCUUGGAAACACCAAUAAAGAGGGUGCCUGAGUGGCUUCAACCUUGGGAAGGUGUCAGUUGGUCAGUGGCUGUGGCCACUAACUGCCAAGGGAGAACGGGAGCUGUGAGGAUGUAACACAUUCAGUGCCCUUCCUGGGCUCUGGGGAGGACGGGGAUAAUGUGUGUGCUUUCAGGGCCUCUGGGAUGUACUAAGAAAAACCUUAGACAUGGAGACAUGGUGCAGACCUGAUGACUAGACCUUUCUGCUCUCCUUGGGUUUUUUGUUUUGUUUUUUCAAGACAAGGUUCCUCUGUGUAGACCAGGCUGGCCUUGAACUCACAGAUCCACCUGCCUCUGUUUCCUGAGUGCUGAGAUUAAAGGUGUGAGUUACCA